AUGGAGGAAGCUCCGAUUGUGAUUGCAAGGCUCCUGGAUUUGCGUCCUAUCAGGAGAAGCUGUGGGAGCCAGCUGCUCCAAAGAGUGUGGGAAGCUGACUUGGAGGCCUGUCAGCUGUUGAUCCGAGGGUUUCAGCUGAAAGAAACCAGUUGCUGUGUUUUUGAGGAAGAGGAGAACCAAAUGGAUGAGAUGGAGAUGACUGCUGAUGGCUCAUCUGAUUCUGAAAAAAGAAAAGAAGGUCACUUUCCAAAGGGCACAGAGUGGGGCACUGUUUCCUGCCCCAAACACAGCGAGCUAAAAGAGGUUAUGGAAGACAUUUCAUUUGGAGCAGAUGGUCAUUUAUCUGAGGAGUUCGUCAUGUUUUCUGCAGAGUUGGGAGAAAAAUGUGAAGCAAUAAGUGAGAAAUUGGUGCAUCUGGAAGAUCAGCUGCAGACUUCCGCCUGCAGAGUUGAAGAAGGAGUUAUUCAGUCUCUGCAGAGGGAGAUCCAGGUGGUGAAGGAGACGCUCCAGACCGUGCUGGUGCAACUUCAGCCAGGCAGGGAGGCAGGAGGAGAAAAGGCUGGAGACAUCCUCUGUGACAGCUGGUGUCCAGGACAACAAGACUCAAAGGAAUAACGAGCAGAAAGAGCUGGUAGGAUGACAUUAAUUCACAAAGGGCUGCUUUUAGUAACUGAAUACUGUCUUACCAAGCCUCAGGGAUCUCUCCUCUCCCUGCAUAACUAAUAACUAAAUCAAUUAUGGAGAAACAGAGCCUGGAGGUCUAUCAUCAGAAGUAUUCUGCACAGCCUCGCCUGUUCUGGCACAGAUUGGGAAACAGCUUUCAGAGCAGAGCAGGCCCUGUAAAUGUGUAGAUUACAAAUUGAUACAUUUCAAGUGGGGCUGCAAAGUUGCCUUUAAUGUCAGUGAAAUGUUCUCCUUGAAGACUCGCAAACAGUAUCUGUCUUCCUUACUCAUGUAUGGUCGGGUUUUUUUUCCCCUGAUUUAAAAAAAUGUAGCCUUAAAGCUGGACCAUCUAGUAUUUCUUGAAAAAUAGCUGUAAGAAUAACAACUUUUUUUUUUCCCCCCUUUGGCUUUAACAGCUUUCUUACACUGAAUGUAUUUUCACAUUCCUGCCAAUAAUUAAAUCAAUAGGAUGAAAUUCCAGCUAAGUUCUUUCAACUGAGAUUUGGACCUCAUUUACUCAGUGGUGCGGAGUACAGUGGAGGUAACUAACAGCAGCCCCUAUAGCAGUAGUCUAACUCUUUUCAUUUAGGUAUUAAUAGAAACUUGCUUUAGUAUUACAGGGGUUGUAAAGCA